CUGACACUUGACAUUGACAUUUGUUAUCACAUACAGUGUCGGAUUUUCUCGACGCUGCAAAUCAAAUACAUUGUCGAAAUAUGUGCAUAAAUUUAUUAACCACAGUCAAAAGGAAACUACUUAUUCACGCUCCUGUAAUCAUGGCUGCAAGACAAUCCAGCGACAUGACAAAGUUCAAGGAAACGUUGAAAGCGGCCGAGAAUAUAGUGUUUCUUUCCGGGGCCGGUAUAAGUGCUGAAUCUGGUAUACCAACUUUUCGUGGGGCUGGUGGCAUGUGGAGGAAGUACCGGUCUGCGACUUUGGCGACGCCCGAGGCGUUUGGGACCACACCGGCGCUGGUGUGGGAGUUCUAUCAUUACAGACGAGAGGUAGCGGCUAAGGCUCAACCUAAUGCGGGCCACAUAGCCAUAGCCCAAUAUGAAGCAAAACACCCAGACAAGACAAUCACAGUAAUCACACAGAAUGUCGACGGACUGCAUGCCAGGGCAGGAACAAAGAACUUACUAGAGCUCCACGGCAGCUUGUACAAGACCCGGUGCACCAAAUGCAAGGAAGUGUUGGUUAACACUGAUAGCCCAAUUUGUAAGGCUUUAGAAAACCGUGGAGCACCAGAAGUUGACCAAGUAGGCUCUGAUAUCCCAGUAAGAGAUUUGCCACACUGUAGGAAACCUGAGUGCAAAGGACUGCUGCGGCCCCACAUUGUGUGGUUUGGAGAAAGUUUGGAGUCAGCUGUGCUUGAGAAAACAGAAGCAGCGAUGGCUUCAUGCGACGUGUGCCUAGUAGUGGGCACGUCGUCGGUGGUGUACCCGGCGGCCAUGUUCGCGCCGGCGGCGGCGGCGCGCGGCGCGGCGGUGGCGGAGUUCAACCUGGAGCCCACGCCCGCCACCAGCGCCUUCCGCUACUACUUCCAGGGGCCGUGCGGGGAGACGCUGCCGAAGGCUUUGGCAGAUUAACCGUUUGGAUGCCACGCCUAUCGAGUGCGGCGCGUCGUCUGACCCUUAUCGAAGUGCACGAAGGUUGAUAUUCGGCUGUAGCUGCGCGCGUCAGUUGGCGUCUUUAAACGGUCAAGGAGAUAUUUUAUUUGUAAGGGUAUUCUUAAAACUUAGCAAACCACACCUAAAUUUCGUCUCUUUCUAAGAGACAUAAAUGUCAAAAUGACAAAAACUUCUUAGAUUUUAAAAUGACAAAAACUUCUUAAUUCCGUUGCAUUGUAAAGCACUCCAGCUAAAGAGCAAUUCCUUAGUUGCGAUUUUUCCAUACAAAUGAUCUCGACUGUUUCCUCCCUGGAUUUUUAACACAGAGCAAUUAUUUUUUCAAAUAAAAUCAAUAUCAUCAAUAUCUGUGCCGCUAUUGUUUUGCUUUUUUGGGUUAUUUUAUUUUGAAGAAACAUACAGCGCCUCGAAAAUCGCAAAAACGGCUCAAUUGAAUAGGCUGCAAAAAUAGGCGCAGUAUACAAAUAUGACAACAAAUAUCCAAAACAUCAAAACAUAGCGGCAUAGAUUAAUUCUUCCUCUUGCAGUUUCCAAAAUUUCAUAAUGAUUGGUUGCGUUUUGGAGGAGGAAACAGUCGAGAACGAAACCUCGAUUUUUGAGUUUUUUGUGUGGGAAUUUUAGUCCGAGCUGCAGUUGUCGUUAUCGCACGCACACACUCCCGCCCACCGCAGCGUGACAGAAACAUAGCUUUAAAAAUUCGAGAUUUGAAAAGUUGCUCAGCUAGGAAUUGCUCUUAAACGCAAGCAAAGGUGCGAGCAUAAAUACAUAUUUUAUUAAAUGGCUGUCAUUUUACCAAACAGAAAACUAUUGGCUGUGGUCUGGUAGUAAUUAUUUUGUACGAAACGAGAUUCGAACGCCCUACGCCCUAAAGAUAGGCUACCUAAUUAGGUAAACAAACACAAUAAGUCACAUCAAUUCACACUGCCACAAGCCUCAGGAAAGAUUGCACAGCUACUACAUGUCAAUAAAAGUGUGCAUCAAAAUUGAGAACGUAUUUAUAUUAAGUACCUAGCAUAAAGAAUCAGGGGUUAUUGUGAUAUUCUAAUAUAAUUAACCAUUAAAUCUAGUUAAUAAGUAAAAAUCUGUAAAUGUUUACAAUCAUUAUUUAUUGCAGUUUUAAAUAAAUAAAUAUGUUUCAUGA